AAUAAUAAUAAUAAUAGCUAAACAAGAAGAAGACGCAGUGGGUUCUGGUUUACUGAAGAGAAAGAACUCAGCACUGUUUCAAAUUCUACAUUUUUAAAAACCUAAUGAAAAUGAAGCUGCUCUUUAUUUCACCCUUAUUGUUCUGCUGUUUACUCGACCAUGGUGCAUCUGGUGUUGAUAUAGAUGCAGUGUUGUUGAUGGAGGGAGAAUCAGUCACUCUACACACUGGUGUUGAAACAAACCCACAAGACAGAUUCAGAUGGUAUUUCAAUGACACUCGCAUCGCUCAAAUCACUGGAGAUCUCAGGAAGAUCUGUACAGAUGUUCAGUGUAAUAAAGGUACUGAGAGAUUCAGAGACAGACUGAAGCUGGAUCAUCAGACUGGAUCUCUGACCAUCAUGAACAUCACAAACACUGACUCUGGAGAUUAUAAACUAAAGAUCAGCAGUAAAAAGAACAACGAGAGUAUCAAGAGCUUCAUUUUUGCUGUUCAUGGUGUUUUUGCUGCUGAACGAAAUGAAAUGAAGAGAAAGUCAGUGACGGAGGGAGAAUCUGUUGCUUUAGAUCCCUGUGAAGUAAAAAACCCCAAUGAUUUGAUGACAUGGUAUUUUAAUAGCAUGUAUAUGGCCAAAGUCAAUAGAGAUCUCAGUUACAUCUGUACAGACAAUCAGUGUACUGAGAGAUUCAGAGACAGACUGAAGCUGGAUCAUCAGACUGGAUCUCUGACCAUCAUGAACAUCAGAACCACAGACUCUGGACUUUAUCAACUACAGAUCAACAGCAGCAGAUUCAGCAUCACCAGGAGCUUCAGUGUUACUGUCUUUGGUGUUACCGUUACUGGUGGUUCAGAUCCAAGGCCAGCUUCAGCUGCAGAAAUAUGUGCUGCUGUUAUUGGGAGUGUUAUUGUAGGUGCUCUGCUGGUGGCUGGUGUGAUUUACUGCCUCUACAGAAAAUCUACACAAGCUACACAAGAUGGAGCUGCAGAGCCACACAGUGAUCAGCAGAAUGGGAUUCAAAAGCAAGAUGGGAUGGCCUCUGAACCAGUCCUCGGUCGAUCAUUGUCCACUGAUGACGGGACAUCCCCUAAUCACGAUGGUGCUUCAUCAGGGGCUAAUGGGACAUUAGAGUUACAUCAUUUAAAUAAUUCCACUGAAAGGGAACAUAACGAGAAAGAAGAUGAGAAAUGAUAAAGGGGAACUGGAAGAAGAUUGGCUGAAGUUCUCAUCACUCACAGAGAAAUAUUGCCAUGAUACCAGCACUUGAAGUUUAUGUCAUUAUUUAAAUGGCUUUGUUAACUCUAAACGGGUGUUUUUAUUAUUUAUUGAUUUUUAUUGUAUUUUAUCAGGAAUUCUUGAGAAAUGAAUUCAAAGUCCACAAUGAUGUUUGAUCGUUUGGUUAACAAAGUGUGAUUAGAAAGGUGGUUCAAAUCCAGCAAAGUUUUACCCAUGUAUAUCAUCAUUGUGUCGAUCAAACUUUAUAUCUCAGGAACUGAAUUGGUAGUACAGUAACUGCCCUGAAAGACACUGUGGAGAGAAGCAAAUACAAAAUGACAAAUGUGUUUUAUAAUUCAGUUUUUUCAAGGCUAAUUGCAACGUGUAAAAGAAAAAUGUUGUUUUAUACACUAUAAUAGUAUGUGACUUACAAGCUGCUCCUCAAACGGUUUACUGGU